UCAGCCCGGCUGCUCGCGCUGGCUCCUGAGCCCGGGGCGCCCGCGCUACAGCCGCCUGCCCGCAGCCCCUCCCCCAGCCCCGCCAGGAAACAGAAUGAAGGAGGUAGUAUCUAACAGUACAACCAAUAUAUCUCAAGCAAGAAAAGCUGUGGAGCAAUUAAAAAUGGAAGCAUACAUGGACAGGAUAAAGGUAUCCAAGGCUGCAGCUGAUUUAUUGGCAUACUGUGAUGCUCAUAUUGGAGAAGAUCCCCUUAUUAUGCCAGUGCCUGCAUCUGAAAAUCCCUUUAGGGAGAAGAAACUCUUUUGUACCAUCCUUUGAAUCUGUUUGGAAUUAAAAAUGCCCCUUGUGAAAAUAUAGUACUGAUGGUGCAUGCUUUUAGCAUUAGGCUUCUCCUGAGUUCCCAAUAAUCAAACUGACAGUUGUGGUAUUCUUAGAAGUAGAGUAUGUUUUUAUGAUAAAUGAGUUGAUUACUUGCAAAUUUUAGAGUAGUCUUUAUCGUAGUGUCCAAUGCACAAGCUUAACAAUUUCAGAUCUUAACAAAAGUUCUUUUGGUUUCAGUGAGAGCCAGAUACGCUCAUCAAAUUGUAGAUACCCUUUCUGCCAGCCAUCUUUUUCUAAGACCAAAACGAGUCAUAGAGACUCUUGAACUGUUUUUUAAAGCAGUUUUUGAAUUCUCAUUUUCUUAAAAGUUUAACUUAAUUCUUUUUUCAUUUACCUUUACACAUUUGUAUCUAAAGGAAACCUUUCAAAUGAUAAAACUGUUUAAAAAUGUGCUAGUUAUUGAUAUAGGGCUUAGAAUGAUCAGUCUGAUAAAGUAAAUAGUGUUGAUAAAUGUGAGUAUUUAGUGAAUACUGUAGUAAAUAUGAUUAGAAAACAAAUUUGGUGGAAUAAAGCAACUCUGAAUCUUUUACUGAACAAAAUAAAGAAGCACAAACCUAGUGCUUAACUAUACUAAUAAAACUUGUACAAAAACAA